GUUGAACUAUAAUGGCGUUUUUAGUGGAAACGCCGCAGAAAGGGAAAGUCAAAAUCCCCAAAUUUUUUUUACCCGCUCAUUACUCCCUCUUUUUCUCAUCUCCGUCGCGCCCUAAAUCCCCCAAAUAACUCUCAAAAUUUGCCCCCAAAUUUCCCAUUUCCAGCAACACAAGUCAAUACACCUACACCAAUCACACUUCUUCUUCCAUUUCAUUUCUUCAAAGGUAGUAGUAGAAAUGGGAGUUCUAGGAAAUCUGGUCGAUUUGAGAUUUUUCUUUCUUUUUUGUCUCUGGGAUUUGAGAGUUGUGAAGGUUAAGAAGGUCUUGAGUGAUGGUAUUACUAGAGAAGUUAGGUAGAUUUAAACAGCAGCAGGAGAAGUGUCAGUCGAUGCUCUCCAACAUUGCAGCAAAAUUAGCAUCUUCUAGUUCCACUCCAAAACCUGCACCUGCGGCCACCUCCCCCUUUUCCUUGUUGUCUGCCUGCAAAAUCAUGUGCCUUAAGUUCAAGACAGAUCAAGCACAGGAGGCCAAGAAGAUGGAGAAACUGAACAAUAUAUUCUUUACCUUGAUGGCUCGGGGACCUGAUGUGGAAAUGUCAGAAAUUACAGGGAAAGAACAGAUCGAAGCCCAACCAGCAAAGAAGGGAAGAGGAAGAAAACAGUAGCUGGAUUUUCUGCUUAACACAUUGGGUUCUUAAACAAAUACUAUAGGACCCUCUGAAUUUUAGAGAGAAAUCGUGACUUUUUAUGAAUUGAAAAUGCUGAGAUUGUCAAAAUUUUCCUGGAAAAUUUAUCAUGUUUUCUAGAUUCCAUUGAAUGAAGAGAUUCACUUUCUGUA